UACUGAUCAUCUUGUGCCCUGUUUUUUAUUCGAUUCAAAUUCACUAACUCAGAAAACGACUUCCAGUGAUGCUCUGGAAAUUAAUCACUUUCAAUGCCCCCCUCUUGCAAUCAAUUUCAGGCGGAUUUUACCAAGUUGGAGGCAAAUGGUAGAAGCAAAUUCACCCGUAAAAGACAUAAAAUAGAAGAAGACAGAGGAGAAUCGUAAUUACCGUCAUGACCAACUUUGCGAGUUCCAUUCUUGUUAUAUUUAUACCUCCUCUGCAGAGGAAAAGGAAGGAGCAAAAGAAGUUUCGUGAUGUCGUCGAGAGAAGGCGUGGAAUGUUUGAUUCUUUUGUUAGCGCUAAUGGCGUUAAAUGCAAAUGCUGGUUUACCACAGUACAAUACUACAAGUGGAGUAGUUGCAGGAAAAUUGAAUGUUCAUCUGGUUCCCCACACUCACGAUGAUGUUGGAUGGCUGAAGACUGUCGACCAAUAUUAUAUCGGCUCCAACAAUUCUAUACAAGCUGCUGCCGUCCAGUAUAUCUUGGACUCUGUUCUUUCUGCAUUACAAGAGGAUAAGAACCGGAAGUUUAUUUAUGUAGAACAGGCAUUUUUCCAACGAUGGUGGAGAGAUAUAAGUGAUCAAAAGCAGGCACAAGUGAGAAAAAUUGUUGAGUCAGGGCAGCUUGAAUUUAUAAAUGGUGGUAUGUGUAUGCAUGAUGAAGCAACUACCCAUUACAUAGACAUGAUUGAUCAGACAACCCUUGGGCAUCGGUUUAUCAAGAAGGAAUUUGGAAAGAUUCCAUGCAUUGGGUGGCAAAUUGAUCCUUUUGGGCACUCUGCAGUUCAAGCUUACUUGCUUGGCACUGAGCUUGGAUUCGACUCUCUGUUUUUUGGUCGAAUUGAUUACCAAGACAGACAAAAACGAAAAGAUCAAAAGACCUUAGAGGUUGUAUGGCAGGGCUCCAAGACAUUUGGUGCAUCUUCUCAGAUUUUCACAUCUAUAUUUCCUGAGGGCUAUGGUCCUCCUGAUGGUUUCUACUUUGAUGUGAAUGAAGAAUCAUCAAUUCCUGUUCAGGAUGAUCCCCUACUUUUUGAUUACAAUGUUCAAGAACGAGUUAAUGAUUUUGUGAAUGCAGCAAUAAUACAGGCAAAUGUUACUCGCACAAAUCAUAUCAUGUGGACCAUGGGCACUGAUUUCCAAUAUCAAUAUGCAAAAUCUUGGUUUAAAGAAAUGGACAAGCUUAUUCAUUAUGUAAACAAGGAUGGGCGUGUUAAUGCUCUCUACUCAACACCAUCUAUUUAUGCUGAUUUGAAGCAUGCAGCAAAUGAAUCAUGGCCUCUUAAACUUGAUGACUUUUUCCCGUAUGCAGACUCUGAAAAUGCUUAUUGGACUGGAUAUUUUACAAGUAGGCCAGCGCUGAAAGGAUAUGUUCGAAUGCUGAGUGGAUACUACUUGGCUGCAAGACAACUUGAAUUUCUUGUUGGAAGAAAGAGACUUGGACAAAAUACAGCAUUUCUUGGAGAUGCUCUAGCAAUUGCUCAACAUCAUGAUGCUGUUUCUGGAACUGCAAAACAACAUACAACAAAUGAUUAUGCCAAACGCCUAUUCAUUGGAGCUUCUAAGGUUGAAGAAAUGGUGAAUUCUGCUCUUGUUUGUUUGACAAACUCAACAUUAAAUUCUCAAUGUGGAAACGUGGAAACAGGGUUUCAACAGUGUUCUUUGUUAAAUAUAAGCUAUUGUCCAGAAUCUGAGGCAAAUCUUACCAACAACACAAGCUUGGUUUUGGUUGCAUACAAUUCGCUUGGCUGGAAGCGCAUAGAGACCAUUCGAAUCCCAGUAAAUAGUGAUUCACUUAUAGUCACAGAUACUGAUGGGAACACAAUACAAUCACAACUUGUACAAAUAAGCAAAACUUCAAGUAACUUAAGGAGCUACUAUUUGAUGGCAUAUUUAGGUGUACAAUCAAACCAAACGCCAAUGUUUUGGCUUGUAUUCACUGUAUCUGUUCCUCCUCUUGGAUUCAGCACCUAUGUUAUCUCAACUUCCAAAGGGAAAGGGGGAGAAGCCACUAUUUCAACCAUACAAAAACCAAAAGUAACCAAGAAUGAGACUGUAGAGGUUGGCCAAGGCAAUUUGAGAUUGACAUUUUCUACUGCAACUGGAUUGCUUGCUCUUAUACAAAACCAUAGGACAGGAAUAGACAUGCCUAUACAACAAUCUUAUCUCUGGUACGAGUCAGAUACUGGGAGUAGUACAGAUAACCAACCAUCUGGAGCAUACAUCUUUAGGCCAAAUGGUUCAGCUCAUUCAGCUUUUUCAGAACCUGUUCCUCUAACACUAUUUCGUGGACCAUUGCUGGAUGAGAUACAUCAGGAAUUCAACUCUUGGAUUUAUCAGAUUACCAGGAUUUACAAGGACAAGGAACAUGUUGAAGUGGAGUUCAAUGUUGGUCCCAUCCCAAUUGAUGAUGGAGUUGGAAAAGAAGUAAUCACUAAAUUAACAACAAAUAUGUCUACCAAUGGAGUUUUCUAUACUGAUUCUAAUGGGAGGGAUUUUCUCAAGAGAGUUCGGAAUUACAGAUCAGAUUGGAACCUACAAGUAAACCAGCCAGUUUCAGGAAACUAUUAUCCGAUAAAUUCUGGAAUAUACACUACUGACAAUGAGACUGAGCUUUCAGUCUUGGUUGAUCGUCCAGUUGGAGGUUCAAGCAUUCAAGAUGGACAAUUGGAAUUAAUGCUUCACAGGCGGUGCUUGAAUGAUGAUUUAAGAGGUGUUGAUGAAGCAUUAAAUGAAACUGUUUGUGUACAAGACAACUGCAAGGGACUUACUAUCCAAGGUAAAUAUUACUUCAGCAUUGAUGCCAUUAUAGAUGGUGCUAAGUGGCGUCGUACUAUUGGACAAGAAAUAUACUCCCCUCUUCUCUUAGCAUUUACACACCAGAAGGGAGAUGAUUGGACAACUUCUCAUGUGUCAAAAUUUAUGGCAAUGGAUCCUACUUAUUCUUUACCAAAAAAUGUUGCAAUUAUCACACUUGAGGAACUUGAAGAUGGAAGUGUGCUACUUCGCUUGGCUCAUAUUUAUGAGGCUGGAGAGGAUGCUGUGUAUUCCAAUAUCGCUGCAGUUGAGCUGAAAAUGUUGUUCCCUAAUAAAAUGAUAAGUGAAUUGACAGAGAUGAAUUUAUCAGCAAAUCAAGAAAAAUCUGUAAUGAAACUGAAAGAGUGGAAAGUAGAUGGUUAUGAUGGUAAACAGCAACUGGAAGUUGGUGUAAGAGGUGGUCCUGUAGAUAAGUACAAAAUGGUGAUUGAGUUGGGUCCCAUGGAAAUUCGCACAUUCAUCUUGUUUUUCAAAUAAAUUAUUAAAAGAUCAACAUUGAUUCUUCUUAUGGCAGAUAAUUUUAUUUUUAAAAUGUGUGCCUUCUACACAAAGGAAAAAAUUCACAGUUUGGAUGGUAUGUGGCUUACUAAGAAGUGAGACUGCUGGCCUUUUAUCAUUCACAAUCAUUCUUCUUGUGAUAAGUGUAAUCUCUGGUCUGCUGACAUCUCCUGGCUUUCAGCAACCGGUACAUACUGAAAACUUCCACUUACAGUAGUUCCCUGAACUGGGAUCUCCUAAUAAAACAAGGGACAUCUUGAACCCCAUCAGCUCAAAAAUAGAAAGAUAAAUAAUCUGAGCAUUGUGUUUUAAAGUUUAAAGUUUAAACUAUCUCUGUGGACUUUGCAUAUUCACGUUCUUUAGUGAACUAGUU